UCUAAUAAACUAAAAUUACAAAAAGUAAACAUAUAUGAUCAAAGCAUAUUCACAAAUAUUGUUAUUACUGGUUUAAUAAACAAUAUUGUUGAGUGUGCUAGUAAAUCAUCUACUAAAAUACCUUCAUCCAAUAGUAGUAAUAGAUUUGAAUUCCAGAACAAUAUCGAGUCUAAAUUGCAAAAAUCUGAACUUACACUAGAUAGUCAAAAGUUUGAAUUAGAAUCAUACGAGGAACCUGAGUUUCAAGAAGAAUUUGAACUUACACUAGAUAGUCAAAA